AUGAACAAAAAAUUUGUGUUAGCAUUGUCUUAUUUAGUACUAUGUGUGCAUUUUAUUAUAGCAAGCACAAAAGGAAAUCAAGAUGAAUUUAAUGGAGGAAAAGUUGUAAGAGAUUCGUUUCUUCAAAAAAAUAUAUCAAGAAGGCAAUCGUCACCAUGUGCAGGUGAUGAGUGUUUUUGUCAAAGUUAUUACGAUUUAACUUUGAUUUUAGAUGAAUCAGGAAGUAUCCGAAAAUCAAAUUGGGUAGAGUAUGUUGUCCCAUUUACAGAACAAAUUGUAAAGGGUUUAAAAAUAGGCGAAAAUGACAUUCACGUGGGAAUUUUAUUAUUCGCCUUGAGAAAUAGAGAUUAUAUUACUUUUGAUAAUGAUAUACGAUACAAAAAAACUGAACUUUUGAAAAAAGUAAAUGAUCUAAAUGACGAUUAUCGUGCAGGAGGAGACACCUAUAUCUUAGAAGCUUUAAAGUAUUCAUUGAAAAAAUAUUCAAUGAACAAAAAUGCAAGGGAUGAUGCACCAAAGGUAACAAUACUAUUCACCGAUGGCAAUGAUAUACAUGCAUCUAAGUCUGAAUUUCAUAAGAUGUAUUCCGAAUACCAAGAAAAACAUGUAAAGUUGUUAGUUCUGGGUGUUUCAGCUGCAGAAGAGAGUAAAUUAAAAGUUAUAGCUGGGUGUGAGAAUCAUUCAAGUUGUCCAAGUGCUAUGAAAGCAGAAUGGGAAACUAUAAAUAACAUAACAAAUAAAUUAACUAAUAAAAUAUGUGAUACAGAAUCUGAGUCCAAUAUAAUCCCAGAACCAUCCCAACCAAUUCCAUGUAAUGGGGAUGAUUGCUUUUGCAAAGAUUAUUAUGAUUUAACUUUAAUUUUAGAUGAUUCAGUAAGCAUUACACUAUAUAAAUGGAAGAAAGAUGUUAUUCCCUUUUCAGAAAAACUUAUAAACAAUUUAAAUAUAAGUAAAGAUAAAGUACAUGUAGGAAUUAUGCGUUUUUCAAAAGAAGUAAUAACUGAUGUUGAUUAUAGUCAAGAUACAAGAUAUAUAAAAAAUGAUUUGAUAAGUGUAGUUAAAGGGCUAAAUAAAAAGUAUAGAUAUGGAUCACGUACCAAUAUAGUGGAUGCAUUAGAUUAUUCUCUAAAAAACUUCACAAGACAUCCAAAUAGUAGGCAAAAUGCCCCUAAAGUAACAAUACUUUUUACUGAUGGAAAUGAUACUUCUAAAACGUUAGCAGAAGAACGCAAUAUGGGAAUAUUAUAUAGACAUGAACAAGUAAGGCUAAUUUUAGUAGGAGUUGGUCAAGCAUCUUCAAUUGAUUUAUACGCAUUAGCAGAUUGUGAGUAUGGUAAGAAUUGCUCACAAGUUAUAGAAUGCAAAUGGAAUGAGCUAACGGGUAUAACAACCAUUAUUACAGACAAGAUAUGUGAUAUAGAAUCAGGAGAAAUUCCAAAUCCACCCGAGACCCCUGGAUCAUCCGUUGUUACAAAUCCAGAUAACGUUGCAUCUUGCCAAAAUGAUGAGGAUUGUUAUUGUAAAGAUUUUUAUGAUGUUACAUUAAUUUUAGACGAAUCAUCAAGCAUAGGUGAAUUUAGAUGGACUAUGGAAGUUAUUCCAUUUGCAAAAGAUGUUAUAAACAAUUUAAAUAUAGACUAUGAUUCAGUACAUGUAGGAGUUUUACUUUUUUCUCAUUACGCUUUGGAUCUUGUUCCAUUUUCCGAUGAAGCACGAUACAAUAAAUAUACCCUUAUAAAAAAAAUAGACAGUUUAAAAACAAAUUAUGGAAAUGGACAUGAAUCAUUUAUUGUUAAAACUUUAAAGUAUGCAUUAUCUAAUUACACAAAAGGCUCAGGUAGAACUAAUGCACCUAAAAUAACAAUGCUGUUUACUGAUGGCAAUGACUCUAGUGAAUCCGAUAUUGACAUGUAUAAUAUAGGAUCAUUGUAUAGAACAGAAAGAGUAAAAUUAUUAGUAAUAGGUGUUUCUAUGGCUAGUGAAAAUAAACUAAAACAAUUAGUAGGUUGUGCACAAAAUUUACCAUGCCCAUUUGUUAUUAAAACAGAAUGGGGAACUCUAGAUGCUCUAUCAAAGGUAUUUGUUGAUAAAAUAUGUGACACAGGAUCAAUAUUGCCACCAGAAAGUAACAAACCUGAACCAGAAGCACCUACUCCACCAUGCAUAGGAAAUGAUUGUUUUUGUCAUGAUAUAUAUGAUUUAACAGUAAUAUUAGAUGAAUCAGGAAGUAUAGGAGCUUAUAAUUGGGAAAAACAAGUUUACCCGUUUACUGAAAAAUUUCUUAACAACUUAGAAAUAUCUGAGAAUAAGGUUCACGUUGGAAUCAUGUUAUUUGCACAAUUUAAUAGAGAUUUUGUUAAGUUUUCUGACAAAGAAAGUUAUGACAAAGAAAAUUUGAUGAAACAAAUAAAAGGCUUAAAAGAGUCUUAUAAAUCAGGAGGAUAUACAUAUAUAAUAGAGGCUCUAAAUUACGGUUUGGCAAAUUAUACACACCAUGAAGCUAGUAGAUCAGAUGUGCCUAAAGUGACAAUGCUAUUUACUGAUGGAAAUAACACUAAUCCAGGAGAUAAAUUAUUGUCAGAUGUAAGUUUGUUAUAUAAACAAGAAAAUGUAAAAUUGCUAGUUGUUGGUGUUGGCGCAUCUACUAUGGCCAACUUACGAUUACUUGCGGGUUGCCACAAAACAGAUGGAAAUUGUCCACUUGCUACGAAGACCGAAUGGGACAAUCUUCAAGAUAUAUCAAAAUUAAUGGCUGACAAAAUAUGUAAUGCAGAGACUCCAGAAAUUGAAGAGCCCGAAUCUACAUGCCUAGGUGAUGAAUGUUUAUGUGAGGAUUAUUUUGAUUUAACAUUUGUUGCCGUUCCAUCAAGUAGCAAAGAUUAUAAAAAGAGAAGCGGGCUUAUAAGAUAUGCUAAAAAUAUAAUUAACAUGUUUAAUAUUGGGAAAAAAAAUGUCCAUGUAUCGAUUUCUAUAUAUUUAGGAACAAAAAGUAUCAAUAGAGAUUUCGAUGAUGCCAUAGCAUAUGAUAGAACAGGAUUAUUAAGAGUACUAGACCAAAUGGAUAAUUAUUUUUCUGAGGAUAAAACAAACAUAUCUGAAGCUCUAGAAAUAGGAUUAAAUCAAACAUUUGGAAAUGGCAAUAGAGAAAAGGCUCCAAAGAUUGCUUUGUUACUUACAGAUAGUAAUAAUGAUACAUAUGAAAAAAGCAGACUUGAGAAUAUAUCAAAAAAUUAUACAGAUAAAGGUGUUAAACUUUUAGUAAUAGGAAAAGUGGAUUUAUCUAAGGAAAUUUUAUUCGUUGCAGGAGGAUGUGAUAUAAAUAAUGAUACAUGUUCAAAUGUACUUAUAUAUAAUAGUUUCAUUAAUGAUAAUAGCAUUGAAAAUUUUAUAGGAGAAAAUAUAUGUGAUAACAGUAGUGUUAGUGGUAAUGGCAAUGGUAGUGGAGAAUCAGGAGGUUCCCCUUUACCACCAAGUAUUCAAUGUACCGAUGAGUUGUGUGAAGAAUGUGAUGAUGAUGUAUGUGAUAACAAUCCUUCAUGUAAAAAAGCUAUGGAUAUAGUUAUAGCAUUAGAUCAAUCUAGAGGAAUUACUAAUUUACAAUGGACAACUUAUGUAAAACCAUUUAUGGUAUAUACAGUUAAGGAAAACUAUUUAUCCAAAAAUCGAUCACAUGUAACGAUAGUAAAAAUGAAAGCAAACAGAGGCAAAGAACAAUGGAGUUUAUAUAGAAAAUUAAGUUAUAAAAAAAAUAGAAUUCUUAAAAAAAUUGACAAAUUACAAAUGUCCUAUUCCAAUAUAAUAAAUUUGGCAGAUAAUUUAAAAUAUAUAAGAACAAAAACUUUUAAUAAGACACCUGCAUAUAAAAAAAAAUUAAUUAUAAUGUUAGUUGAAGGUAAAUCAAAUAGCGAUUUAAAUGAAUUGAGAAAGGAAAUUGAACUUUUGAAAUUAAAUAAAAUAACUUUAUAUGUAUAUGCAAUAGAUAAUAUUGACGAAAAGGAAUAUAAAAUACUUGGAGAUUGCGAAAUAUCAUCUUCUAUAUGUGAAAAUAUAGUUAAAGUAUCUUGGGAAAAUUUAUUAUCUUCUGUAGAAAUACAUAAUAAAUUUAUUUGUAAUAAAUACCCCGAAGAUGCAGAAUGUUCUGAAUGGGGAGAAUGGAGUGCAUGCCCUCAAUUAUCAUGUGAUAGAGCUAUUAGCAAAAGAGAAAGAAAACGACCAUAUUAUACAAUAAAGGAAGAAGGCUAUAGUGGCACUGAAUAUGGAAAUUCUUGUAUGGAUUUAGGUUCCAUAGAGUAUAGAGCAUGCCCUGUAAAAGAUGAAUGCAAUGAUGUUUGUGGUGAUUUUGGUGAAUGGAGCCAAUGUAGUACUUCCUGUGGAGAUGGUAUAAGAAUAAGAACCAGAAAUGUAUCACCAGACAAUGAAAUGUGCCAAACAUUUAAUAAAACUGAAAUAGAACCAUGCAAUAUUCAAAGUUGUGGUUCUACAGAGAUAUGUGAAGAUAUUGGUAAUUGGAGCGAAUGGUCUGCUUGCUCAAAAACAUGUGGAUAUUCUAUUAGAGAAAGAAAAUUUACAAUUUUUCCAGAAAGUAUAGACGAGCAUUCUUAUUGUGAGCAUUUUGAGAAAAUUGAAACAGAGGUAUGUUCAGUUCCAAAAUGUGAAAAUGAAGAAUGUUUUGAUUGGGACGAUUGGAGUGAAUGGUCAGCACCAUGUGGGCCCAGAAAAAGAGUUCAAAGAGCCCGUUUAUAUAAAAAUAGAUCUGAAAGCUCAUCAACUAUUCCUAGACCCAAUAGUGGAAAAAAUGAUAAUUGUGAAGAUUUUUAUCAAGAUAAAAUUGAAUAUGAUGAAGAAUCUAGUUGCCCUGAUAAUUCAUGUGGUAGUUGGACAGAAUGGUCCGAAUGUGAUAGACCAUGUAAUGUUGGAAUGAGAAUAAGGCAUUUUAUUACAAAUAUAGUUGGCUUUAAUGAAGGAAAUGAUGAUGAAUGUUUAGAAAAUUAUAAUAAAAUAGAAACUGAACCUUGUUUAAAUUUACCUAUAUGUAAUUCUGGAGAAUGUAAUGAUUGGGAAACAUGGGUUGAUUGUAAAACAGACAAGGAUGCCUACACCUGUCAUGUCCCAAAUAAAAGAAUCCUUACAAGAAAAUUAGACUUAUUAAAGAAUCCCAAAACUGACACAUCGCAAGCUUGUAAUGAUUAUUCUCUUUUUAGAGAAGAAGAUUGCCCAACAGGAAAUACUCCUUGUGUUGAUGCUUUAUGUAAUGAAUGGGAUGAAUGGGGAAGCUGCUCAGAAACAUGUGGGUUGGACUCAUUCAGAAUUAGGAAAAGAAAAGAACCAUUAGAGUUAAUACCAGCCUCUUCAGAUAUCAAUGGAAAUAUUGGUUUAACUUGUGAAGAACAAAAUAUACGAAUUGAAGAAAAAGAAGCUUGUAAUGUUCCUGCUUGUGUACCUCCCGUUUUAGAUGGAUCGAAUAAUGGUGAAAAUAGUGAAGGUGAUAGUAGUGAAGGUUUUGGUACAGGUGAGAAAAUUUCAAUGGCUGCAGGUAUAAUUGGAUUAGUAGGUUUAGCAGCUGGAGGUUUAAUAUAUGGUUAUAAUACAUUAAAUGGAGGAGAGACACCACAUAACUCUAAUAUGGAAUUUGAAAAUGUUGAAAAUAAUGAUGGUAUAAUUGAAGAAGAAAACGAAGAUUUCGAAGUUAUCGAUGCAAAUGAUCCGAUGUGGAAUUAA